CGGAGUCGAGCUCCGCGAGACAGAAGAGGCAUUCGACUGCGGCAGCGGCAGAGCGUACGGGCAGCGGCUGCGGGCCACCCGGGGUCUCCGGUCAAGGCGGAGGUCAAGGCACGGUACGUCGAGACCGGGGCCCGGAGAACAUCAUGGCGGAGCCAGCGGAGCCGGUGGUGCCAGUGGAGCCGGUGGAGUCGGCGGAGCCAGUGGAGACAGCGAAGCCGGCGGCGACAGCGGAGCCGGCAGUGCCAACAAAGCCAGCGGCGGCAGCGGAACCGGUGGCAGCAGCGAAGCCUGCAGCAGCAGUGGAGUCACCGACGACAGUGAAGCCAUUGGCAGCAGCGGCAGCAGUGGUGCCGGUUGCGUCACCGCCCGACGAUGGCGCCCCCAGCGGCACGCCAGAACGCCAGAAGUGGGGCAACAAGGUGGAGUUCAUCCUCUCCUGCAUCGGCAUGUCCGUGGGCCUGGGCAACAUCUGGCGGUUCCCGUACAUGGCCUACGCCAACGGUGGAGCCGCCUUCCUGAUUCCCUACACCAUCCUGAUGAUCACCGUCGGCAAGCCCAUGUACUACCUCGAGCUGGUGCUGGGACAGUUUCAGAGCCUGGGACAGACGCACGCCUUCAACUGCUUCCCGCUCAGCAAAGGCGUGGGCGUGUGCAUGACGUACGCGUGCUUCUUCAUCUGCCUGUACUUCAACAUCCUGCUCGCGUACGCCAUGGUGUACAUGGUGCACUCGUUCAAGUCACCGCUUCCCUGGAGCAAGUGCGAGCCCGAAUGGGCCGACAGCAACUGCUUUGUCCGGGACACCGACAUCAGCUGCCGAGCGAUAGAACAUGACCUCUACAGAGUCUUCGGCCCCGUGAAUGAGCAGACAAACACCUCGGUGGUGUUGCACCACAAAGGCAUCGAGUUCUACGUGCCCCGGGAUGUCUACUUGAACCUGACGCGGGGCUGCACCAACGCCACGCAGACGGCGGCCGAGCAGUUUUUCUACAAGAGCGUGCUGAACAUCAGCAGCGGCAUUGGCGAGCCAGGCAAGAUCAAACUUGACCUCACUGUCAGCCUCUUCUUCGCCUGGGUCUUCGUCUGCAUAGCCCUGCUCAAAGGCAUCAAGACUUCGGGAAAGAUCGUAUACUUCACCGCCCCUGCCCCAUACUUCAUUUUAACCGUGCUCCUGAUCCGAGGCCUCACCCUCCCUGGAGCAGGCACGGGCAUUCGCUAUCUGUUCAUUCCAGACUGGGAGAAGGUGUUAUCCGGCUUCGUAUGGCAGCAGGCGUGCCAGCAGAUUUUCUACUCGCUUGGUGCCUCGAUGGGCACCAUCAUAUGCCUGGGUAGCUUCAACGACUUCCGCAAUGACCUCCGCCGAGACAUCAUGAUCAUCACAAUGGCCGACUUCUUCACGAGCUUAUCGGGCGCCCUGGUUGUGUUCGCCGUGCUGGGCAACAUGGCCCACAACCUGGACCUGCCUAUAGCCAGCGUCGCCGAGAAAGGACACGGCCUCGCCUUCGUGGCGUACCCCGAGGCCGCCAGCCUGAUCCCGGGCUCCAACAUUUGGGCCUUCGCCUUCUUCCUCAUGCUACUCCUGCUCGCAGUUGACAGCCAGUUCGCCAUGUUCGAGUCGUUCUUGGUGCCCCUCAAGGACGAGUUCAAAUUUCUCAGGAAGUACCCGGCCACGAUUUCCAUCGUGUCUUCAGGCGUCAGCUUUCUUCUGGGCAUAUCCAUGACGACGCAGGGCGGUUUGUACGUGCUCAACCUAAUCGACACGUACAUCGGUGGCAUGAUCCUGCCCAUUAUCGCCGUCAUGGAGCUGUACACCGUGUGCUGGUUCUACGGCCCACGAAGAAUCUCCCUAGACGUUGAGUACAUGCUGGGCUCUCCUCCUGGGUUAUUCCUGAAAACGUGCUGGGUGGCUAUCUGCCCAUUCGCGCUAACGGUCAUCGUGGCCCGCUCCAUCAUGACGCACGGCCGUACUUCAGACAGGGGCGUCCUCUACCCUCUAUGGGCGGACAUCGUUGGCGUCCUCUUCGUGUUGCUUGGCCUGGCGCAAGUUCCCAUUUUCGCCUACAUCUACGCCAAGAAGAUGAAUUUUGACUGGGCGAAGUGCCUGAAGCCAGCGCACGACUGGGGUCCCCAAGACCCUGACUUGUACGUCAACUACAUCCGCUUCGUUCGGCGACGAGGCAUCGACAGGAGCGUCUCCGAGGCACACGUCAACCGCGUCGAAGCCGAGGAAGACGUCCCGAUAGCCUCCACCCAGGUCCUGAUCAGCCCGUCGGCCGCCUCGCCCAGGGCGGCUUCCCACGAGUCCCUCCUGCCGUUCUCGUCCGGAACCAGGUCGGAACCGCUGCUGCCGCCGUCGGUCUUCCGGAACGUGUUCAUCAUGGGCAUGCCCUCGAAGCCCGAGGUUCCCACCGAGGACGAGGUCAGCGUGGUCACCGCCAUGGGCACGCCCAAAGGCGACCCCACCAAGAAAGAGAGCCAAAACCCCAAGGCGUAGAGAGUGGACACGUGACUCUUCGUGUCGAGGACGUCACCAGCUCGACGCGAGCGUUGUCGCUCUCGCGGCCACGUCGUCGCGGACUCGAAGCGGGACUUUGAAAUCCAUUAAUAAAUACCCUCGAGGCUCAGCGAGCCCACGGCUCCGUUUUAGGAUGCCACCCUUGAUUUUUCA